UUCCGACUAACGCUCGCCUCUUUGCAACAUUGGAAUUAUGAGCACAGUUGCAAUCACUCCUAGAUCUGUCGAACUUCUCGACAAGAAAGCACCCUACCAAUUGGACCGACAACAGGUCGAAGAUGCGGCAGCGAAAAUCAAUAAAAUAGCCUUCCUGGCUUUAAUCGGAACGUUCACAGGAUUAGCAGUGAUUGCCGUCACAAGUCGUAUAUUCUUUCACAUCCGCAAACGGGGCAAACUUUUCAUAGACGACUUGCUUGUUAUUCUUGCAGCAUGCUGUCUGAUGAUUUCAACAGGCUUUAUAUACUACAUGCAACCAAGGAUGUACAUGACGGCGACGUUGGCCGCAAGUCUGAGGAAUGUUGCUCUUUUCACAAAAAGCGAGAUGCAAUCUUUGCCUGGUUUGCUUAGAUGGAACAAUCUCUUCCUCAUAUUCUCUUGGACUUCUCUUAUGGCCAUUAAGAUGAGUUUCAUGGCAUUGUUCUGGAUUUUGAUCAGGGACGUGAGCAGAAGACUUACACUGCUGUGGCAGUUUGUUGUGGUAGUCAUAAUGUUAUCAUGGCUAUUUAACAUUCUACGAAACCCAAUUGAUUGCGGUUGGGAGAAAGGAACCAAAUGCUCUCCAGUUCCUCGCUAUAUCAAUGAACUCGGCUGGACCAGCUCUGCCGUUGACAUCGCGACCGAUGUACUCAUUGUCCUCAUUCCGAUACUCCUUCUCCGAAACUCACGUCUCCAAUUCAAGCAGAAAUUACGCAUUCUAACCUUUCUCUGCUUGAAUGUUUUCCAGAUCGCGAUUUGCCUAGGCAGGUCAAUUAGCAGCGGUUUCCGCGACCACAAAGGAAGAGUAAAAUUCGGAAUCGUUUACACAUUUCUGUUGAUACAUGUUGAAGCUAGCGUAGCCGUUAUCAUGGGCGGUGUGACGGCGUUCCGCUCCGUCUUUGUUUCGCAGAUUCGAGAUCGUGAUCGUGAACCUCAGUUUGCUGAACGGAGAUCGCCAAAUACAUAUCAGCGUAUCUUCUCUUGGCUCAAAGUAUCAGGCAAAAAGUCGAGACGGGACCGAUCACAAAAGACACAAAGGGGGGGUGGGGUGUUUCUGGCUGGACCAGCUACUGGAGGAACCCUUCGUGGUCUUGGGUCCUUUAUCCGUCGACAUGAGAGAGAACCGGGUCAUACAACUUGCGAUAGUCCUAUAAUCGAGUCUCAUUAUGAUUCAUUGCUGAGUUAUCACAACUAUAUCAGAGACAAAAAAACGCAAGAGGCAUCGGUCCCUCUGGAUGAGUUUAAUCGCAAGGGCGAGUCUGAGGUCAGCCACUGUAGAUUCGUGCAAACUGUUGUCAAAGGCGCUGAUGAAUCUUAG